GAGUGUUCUGUGGCUAAAUGGCUAACGAAACGACAAGAGUGUUGUAUGACUAAUGACGUCAUGGCAUUAAAUGAAUUCGUGCGUUGAAAACAGCAUUAUUUUUGCGAUUAGUGGUUUUGUAACAUUAUUACAAACAGGUGUGUUAUAAAAUUAUAAUUAUUUGAUUAUUACAUUGGACGCAUCAAUAAACUAGAUAAUUUUUUAAGAACACGCAAUAAGCGUUCAGUUGGAAGUGCUACUUGUAGUAUAAAAUUUUUGGGAGUUUGCAAAAAAUUAUCGACAGUCAAACAAACGCCUUAUUUGAUGGUUUGCAUGUUAAAAAUUCUACGACUCUAGUGCGUUCAUUCUUACUGUUUUCAACAAAAUGGAGUUAUCAAGUAUCUUACCAGCCCCUAUACAACCUGUGUGGGAUCGGGAUGAUGACAGGAGACAACAGAAUUCUGCAAAUCAACGUUCAACGGCAGUUGUGACAGCACAAAGCAUCGCUCCUCCAUAUGGACAACGAAGGGGUUGGGUGCCCAGAGUGCACACUGAUUAUGGAGAUGGUGGAGCUUUUCCGGAAAUCCACGUUGCUCAGUAUCCGCUGGAAAUGGGUCGAAAAGGCAAAGAGUCCACAUCCAAUGCUUUAGCAGUACAAUUAGAUGCUGAAGGCAAAGUAAAAUAUGACAUCAUUGCUAGACAAGGGCAUGGAAAAGAUAAAAUCGUGUAUUCAAAAUUAUCAGACUUGCUACCUGUGGAAGUAACAAGUGAAAAAGAUCCCAGUUUAGAAAAACCUAAUCAAGAUGAAAUUGACGAUAUCACAGAGAGAACCAGAGCUGCAUUACAAAAAUUGACGAAUUCAAAAAUUGCCGCUGCCAUGCCUGUGCGAUGUGCCGAAAAACAAGGACCAGCAGAGUUCAUCCGCUAUACUCCAUCUCAACAAGGUGCCGCCUUCAAUUCGGGCGCAAAACAACGCGUUAUUAGAUUAGUGGAAGCCCAAGUUGACCCAAUGGAACCACCACGAUUCAAAAUAAACAAAAAAAUACCAAGGGGGCCUCCUUCUCCUCCAGCUCCAGUACUACACAGUCCCACACGUCGUGUCACCGUCAAAGAACAAAAAGAAUGGAAGAUCCCACCCUGUAUCUCUAACUGGAAGAACGCAAAAGGGUACACUGUGCCAUUGGACAAACGAUUAGCUGCCGAUGGUCGAGGUUUGCAGCAACUCCACAUCAACGAAAACUUCGCCAAGCUGGCAGAAGCUUUGUAUAUAGCGGAUCGUAAGGCAAGAGAAGCUGUAGAAACCCGUGCUCAGCUCGAGAAGAAAUUAGCUCAGAAAGAGAAAGAACAGAAAGAGGAGCAUUUGAGGCAACUCGCACAGAAAGCCCGCGAUGAACGAGCUGGUAUUAAAGUGGGAAUGUCUGGAGCAGAUGCGAAAAUAACGGACGAAGAAGAGCGAGAAAGGGAGAUGUUGCGGCAAGAUAGGCAUAAGGAGAGAGCGAGAGAAAGGAACUUAGCAAGAGCUGCGCCUGAUAAGCGUUCUAAAUUGAAGAGAGAACGCGAGAGAGAUAUUUCGGAGCAGAUCGCGCUCGGGAUGCCCGCACGAGGAGUGUCUUCAAAUGAAGUGCAAUUCGAUCAGAGAUUGUUUGGGCAAGCUCAGGGCUUAGGACACGGAUACGCGGAUGAUGAAGCUUAUAAUGUCUAUGAUAAACCAUGGAGAGAAGGGGGUUCGAUGGCGAAUCAUUUGUACAGACCUAGUAAAAACGUCGACAAGGAAGUAUACGGAGAAGAUCUAGAGAAGAUCGUUAAAACUAACAGAUUUGUUCCUGACAAGGAAUUCAGUGGUACCGAUCGUUCUGGCGGGGCUCGGUCCGGCCCUGUGCAGUUUGAAAAAGAAGAAGAUCCAUUUGGUCUUGAUCAAUUUUUGAGUCAAGCUAAACGUGCGAGUAAGCGCAAAGAACCAGACAGGAGAGAUGACCGUGACAAAAGGAAGAGAAGGGAUUAGAAGAAAAAAAUACUGCAAGCUGUUUUUUUCUUAUUAUAAAACUGAUUUAUAAAGUAAAUAUAGUAUACUGACAUAAUUAAAA